UCCUUUUCUACUUCCCUUUUUUUUGUCAAGAAAAUAGAAAGAAAAAUAAAAGAGGUACUUGGCAGACUAGAAUCUCUAGCAGAACAAAAGGAUCUUAUAGGUCUCAGAGAAGGUGUUGGAGGGAAAUUAUCUGAAAGAUUGCCCACCACUUCUUUGGUUGAAGAAUCUGAUAUUUGUGGUAGGAGUGAUGACAAGGAGGCAAUCAUUAAAAUGUUGCUCUCAGAUGAUGCACGUGGUAAUGAGAUAGGUGUGAUUGUCAUAGUCGGUAUGGGGGGGAUUGGGAAGACUACCCUUGCUCAACUUGUAUACAAUGACAACCAGGUGAAUAAGUACUUUAACCUUGAAGCAUGGGUUUGUGUUCCUGAAGAAUUUGACGUGUUCAAGGUAACAAAAACAAUUCUGGAGGCAGUAACUUUGGCACCUUGUUAUAUCACGGAUCUAAAUCAGCUUCAACUCAGACUAAAGGAAAGUUUAAUGGGAAAGAAGUUUCUAAUUGUUUUAGAUAAUGUUUGGAAUGAGAAUUAUGAUCACUGGGAGGCAUUGUGUAAACCCUUCAAAUCAGGGGCUAAAGGAAGUAAGGUCAUUGUAACAACACGUAAUAAUAGUGUUGCAUUAGUUGCUAGUGCAAUGUCUUAUCAUCUAAAGGAGUUACCAAAAGAAGAUUGUUGGUCACUAUUUGCAAAACAUGCAUUCCUUGAUAACAACUCUAAUGAACAUGGAGAGUUUGAAGUAAUAGGUAGAAAAAUCAUGGAAAAGUGCAGCGGUCAUCCAUUAGCAGUCAAGACAAUCGGUGAUCUAUUAAGAUCUAAACCGGAUGUUGAUGAAUGGGAUAAGAUAUUGAAGAGUGAAUUAUGGGAUUUGCCGAGGGAUAAUAUGCGCUUUUUUCCAGCUCUAAGAUUAAGUUACAAAUAUCUCCCUUCACAUCUAAAGCGAUGCUUUGCUUAUUGUUCAAUAUUCCCAAAGGAUUAUGCUUUCAAAAAAGAUCAAUUAAUCUUGUUAUGGAUGGCAGAAGGUUUCCUACCGCAACCCAAAAACAAAACAAUGGAAGAAGUUGGCAAUGAGUAUUUCCUCACUCUAGAAUCAAGAUCAUUAUUCCAAAAAUCAAGUGACGACAAGUCAUGUUUUGUAAUGCAUGAUCUUGUGAGCGAUUUAGCAAAAUCUAUAUCUAAACAAUUUAUUUUAAGGUUGGAGGGUGAUUGUUCUUGCGAGAUUGUAAAUAGUACUCGCCACUUGUCCUAUUUUUCCAAACAAUAUUUUCAUAGCUUGAAGAAGUUUAAGACCCUUCACAAGGCUAAGAGGUUGCGCACUUUUCUACAUUUAAAUAUGUUCAGUUACUACCACUUGACUAGAAAAGUAGUACAUGAUUUAUUGCCAACACUAAGAUGCUUGCGGGUGCUUUCUCUGUCGAACUAUGGGAACAUUACUGAAUUGCCUGAUUCAAUUGGCAAAUUUAAAUAUCUACGUUUCUUGGAUCUUUCUUCCACUAGUGUUGAAAAAUUGCCCGAUUCCAUAUGUAAGUUGUGCAAUUUGCAAACAUUGAGAUUAUCACAUUGUGAAUAUCUUGUUGGAUUGCCAAGAGAUUUGUGGAAACUCGUUAAUUUGCGUCAUCUUGAUAUUACCGAAACUGGAAUAAAAGAGAUGCCAAUAGAACUCGGUAGAUUAAAAUGCCUCCAAACGUUGACAAAAUUUGUUGUCAAUAAUCGUAGUGGGUCUUGCAUCGGAGAGUUAGGAAAACUUGCAAAUCUUCGGGGAUCACUUUCUAUUUCGGGGCUCCAAAAUGUUGAAUCUCCUACUGAGACUUUGGAUGCAAGCUUGAGAGAUAAAAAGUACCUCGAAGAGCUGGUAUUAGAAUGGGAAGUUCAUACUAAUUUUGCAGAAAGUCAGAGAAGUGUACUUGAUAGUCUCCGACCCCAUUCAAAUCUAAAAAGCCUUACUAUCAAAUACUAUGGUGGAAUAAGUUUUUCAGAUUGGGUAGGGCACUCUUCAUUCUCUAAACUAGCAUCUCUUCAUUUGCAAAUCUGUAAAUAUUGCAGUAGCUUGCCACCACUUGGGCAACUCCACUCUCUGCAGAACCUCUCUAUUGUUGGAUUUGAUGAAGUUGUUACAGUGGGUCGUGAGUUUUGUGGUAGCGAUUCUUCUUCAGUUAAGGCAUUUGGUGCCCUUAAAGUUCUUAGGUUUGAGCAUAUGAUGAAGUGGGAGGAAUGGAUUUCUUUUGAUGACGAAAAUGGAGGUGGAGCUCUUCCUCAACUUGAAGAGCUUUAUAUUCAUAAAUGUCCUAAGCUAACAGGAGUGUUGCCCAUCCAUCUUCCUUCUUUAGCCAAACUUGAGAUUUGUGGAUGUCCGCAGCUGGUGGCUCCACUCCCAAGGACUCCUGCUAUUCGUGAAUUGGAGCUAAGCUAUUGUAAUGAGAUGUUGUUAAAGGAAUUGCCAACUGGAAUGCAGAAGCUCAAAAUUGAAGGAUUUAAUGCACUAGAGUCCCUCCCAGAAGGAAUGAUAGACUCCAACGGUGGUCUUCAAGAGUUGGUGAUCGUUGAGUGUUCUUCACUUAUGUCCCUUCCAAAGGAUGGCCUUCCCUCUACAUUAAAAACUCUUCAGAUCAGUGUUUGUUCUUCACUUGUGUCCCUUCCUAAGGAUGGUCUUCCCUCUACAUUAAAGACCCUCUACGUCAAUAGAUGUACGAAGUUAGAGCUCCCAACAAACCUUGACUAUUCAUCCAUUGAAAAAUUGGUGUUGUCUAAUUGUGAUUCUUUCAAGUCCUUUCGAUUAGAUCUAUUCCCAAUGCUUAAUCACAUCGAAAUCUUGAAGUGUAGCAAUCUUGAAUCUCUUAUAGUUCCGGAACAUUGCGAACAAAAUUUAGUGGCCUUGCAUAUAUUAGUAUAUUCUUGCCCAAAUUUUGUAUCUUUUCCAAAAGGAGGAUUACGUGCCCCCAGCCUUACGUCGUUUGCGGUGAUGAGUUGUGGGAGUCUGAGAUCACUUCCUGAGAAAAUGCAACUACUCCUUCCAUCUCUUCAGGAAUUACAUAUAAGUAAUUGUCCAGAAGUUGAGUCAAUUCCUGAAGGGGGCUUGCCUUCCUGUUUGAAAUCAAUUCACUUCAAUGGCUGUGACAAACUCAUUGAGAGUCGGAUGGGAUGGGGUUUGCAGAACCUCCCCUUUCUUAGAAAGUUGUCCAUAGGUGGCAAAUCUGAAGAUGUGGUGUCCUUCCCAGAGGCGCAAUUGUUGCCCACUAGUCUGACCUCUCUUUCUAUCUCUUACUUUCCAAAUUUGAAAUAUUUGUACAAGAACGGGCUUCAACGGCUCACUGCCCUUGAAAACCUGGAGAUCAAGAACUGCCCUAAGCUCAAGUACAUGCCAGAACAGGGGUUGCCUACCACCCUUUCCAUUCUACAAAUCUCCAACUGUCCUUUGUUGAAGAAAAAGUGGCAAAGUAAAAAAGGAAAAGAAUGGCGCAAGAUUGCUGACGUCGAACAGAUAUUGAUUGGUUGGGAAUUGAUUGAAUAAGCUAAAAGUCUAGCAAGAGUUCCCCAAGCAGCCUUUGUCGCACCCCUCAAAUGUCAAUUGAAAACAAGUACAUAUGAUGUGGGCAAUCGAUCCUCUCUCCCAAUGGAGGUAAGGAGUUGGGCUUGGUGCUAACAAGGAUAAUGGGUCGUGGUCAUUCAGUUAAAUCAAGGCUGGAUUUGAUUGAAUUGGAGCUUUUGGUGUUUGAUAAAGCAGAAUGCUUUGCCCACUUGUUACUUCUUCAUUUGCUUCACCAUUCUCGACAUAAGCAGUACUAAAAGUUCAAUGGAGACCUAUGGACCUUGUGAAACUGUUGUGCCAAAUCGACAUCAUGGGCAUUUCGGUUUCUUUUUCUUUUGUUGGAAGUGUAGGUUCUAAAUUACCAUUCAGUACCUGAUCUCCUGAAAGCUGCUACAUGAGAAAAGAAUGGGAGGAUGUCUAAUUACAGCCAGCACUAAACCAAUUGCAAGCUAGUACUAGUUCUGAUACCUUCAAUUAUCGAACUGUUGAGAUGAGAAAUUGAAGCUGGAUUUGGAUGGUGACAUUAUCUGUUGACUUGCUGAUAAUUUGGACUGCAAUACAAACUGUAGUUGUGUCGUUAUGCCGAUCUCUUCAUCAAUUGAGAGCACUAGAAGCAGCUUCCCUAAAUCUCAUUCCAUUUCCUAAAUAUGUUAUGAGAGCUCCCAAAUGGUAUAAAUGUCCUGUUGGUGUGUCUUUUUUAACUUUGGGGGCAAGCACUUCUCGUGCAUGUGUUCCAGUUGGUGUUUCAGAGGUUUAUGCGCACAACUUAGGCACUGAAGACGGUUUGGUCAGUCAAUUGGCAAAAUGGACUGAUACAUCUUUAGCAAGCUCUCUUGUCAACCUUGUUAUCGGGGGCUCAAAACAAUUGCAAUGAGAACCCAUUUGCUUUGAGCAGAGUCUUGAUCACCCAGCAUUUGAGGGUGGUGUCCAAUGUGCUUUUACUGUUGGUGAUUACAAGUGCAUAUCUGCAAAUAAAAUGGCUGGUGCUUUUAGUUAUUUUUCGCAUUGGCAGUGCAUCUUGUGGGAAAGCAUGUGGGAUCGAUACUUUAAGAUGAGCCCUUCACCUUACCUAAAGAACUGCUAAUUCUCUGAAAUGGGUCGUGUACGUACCAGAUGAGUCUGCUACUAAGAUUGAGGAAAUUAAGGUUGAUAAGGAAACCAUCGGCAUGCUUGCUGCCCUUGGCUGGGGUUGUUGAAGCUGAGCUACAGCCUGUGGUUUCUGCCCAGACAUUUGGUCGUGGUCCGGGUGGGGCUGGUGGAAAUAGGAGAGGCGUCCAUGUUUAUGUGUAGUGGAAGUCAAGUUUGUUAGGCUGGAAAAAAGAAGAAAGUUGAUCGCAUUGCCAGGGGCAGGAAUGGUAGAUGCACAUUUCUUGACGUUACCGGCCAAAUGGUCAAUCACCUUUAUAUUGUUGGGUUUGAUGAAGUUGUUAUAGCGGGUAAUGAGUUUUGUAGCAGUGGUUCUUCUUCAGUUAAGCCAUUUGGUGCUCUUAAAGUUCUUAGCUUUGAGCAUCUGUUGAAGUGGGAGGAAUGGAUUUCUUUUGGUGACGAAAAUGGUGUGAAGCGGGAGCUUUUCCUAAACUUAAAGAGCUUUAUAUUAAGGACUGCCCAAGCUCGUCAUUAAUGGAUUUCAUGCACUACGGUCCCUACUGAAGGGAGUGAUGGAAUCUAAUUGUUGUCUUCGAGAAUUAGAAAUCCAUGAAAAUGGAUUUCCCUCUACAUUAGAAAUCCAGGAGGAUUGUGUGCCCCCAACCUUACAUCAUUUACGAUGAAGGGGUUUGCAAAAACUGCAUUUUCUUAGAAAUUUGUCAAUCGGUGGAAAAUAUGAAGAAGCAGAGUCCUUCCCAGAGGCACAGUUGCUGCCCACCAGUCUAACGUCUCUUUUCAUAUGGGACUUUCUAAAUUUGAAAUCUUUAGACAAGAAGGGGCUUCAACACCUUAGUGCUCUUGAAACAUUGUGGAUCAAUAACAGCCCUAAGCUCAAGUACAUGCCGGAAUCGGGGCUGCCUCCCUCUCUUUCUAUUUUAUGUAUUUGGGAAUGUCCUUUGUUGAAGAAAGAGUGGCAAAGUAAAAAAGGAAAAGAAUGGCACAAGAUUGCUCACGUUGAACAGAAAUUGAUUGGUCGCAAAUUGAUUGAAUAAGCUAAAAGUCUAGCAAGAGUCCCAAAAUUUCAUUAUGAUGACUCUGCACGAGCCGCCUUUGUCGAACACCUCAAUUGUCGAUUCAAAAGAAGUACAUGUGAUGUCGGCAACUGAUCCUCUUGUCCAACGGAGGGAAGGAGUUGGGUUUGGUACUUACAAGGAUAUAUAUAGUGGAUCAUCAUCGCCAUUGUCAUCAACUUUCAAAAGCUUUUGCGAGCUUUGAGAGUGAUUUCUGGCCUCUUCGAAAUGUUCCCUGUGGUACUGUAGAUAUUCCAAGAAUGUGUUCCAAAAGGAAAAAAAACUUUUAGAGUGGGAUGCUAAUGCGGUGGCAUCUGGAAGGGUUGCUGUAGUUCAUCCUAUAGAAACAGAGAAUGAAUAGAGUUCCACGCAAUUCAUCGCCCUGAGCCAGCAUCAUGCUCUUCAGGAGGCUUCUAAACUUUCAGCAGCAGUAGGAGAACCAGGAUUAGCAGAACAUACUCAUCAUUCCAGACAAAUUUGCUUUUGAUCUCUUGAAAUGAGUGAUUUAGUAUAGUAAAUUACUGUAUAGACAAUAUCUACAUGGGAAAAGAUAAUCAUUGGCAGCUAAGGAGUUUCUUGUGGCUGCUGUGUGAUCCCUGUUAAGGUACUAAAAGUUCAAUGAAAACCUAUGGACCUUGUGAAACUGUUGUGCCAAAUUGACAUCAUGGGCAUUUCCGUUUCUUUUUCUUUUGUUGGAAGUGUAGGUUCUAAAUUACCAUUCAGUACCUGAUCUCCUGAAAGCUGCUACAUGGGAAAAGAAUGGGAGGAUGUCUAAUUACAGCCAGCACUAAACCAAUUGCAAGGUAGUACUAGUUCUGAUACCUUCAAUUAUCGAACUGUUGAGAUGAGAAACUGAAGCUGGAUUUGGAUGGUGACAUUAUCUGUUGACUUGCUGAUCAUUUGGACUGCAAUACAAACUGUAGUUGUGUCGUUAUGCUGAUCUCUUCAUCAAUUUAGAGCACUAAAAGCAGCUUCCCUAAAUUUCAUUCAAUUUCCUAAAUAUGUUAUGAGAGCUCCCAAAUGGGUAUAAAUGUUUCGGGACCUCGCCGGGACUUGAUCGUGACUCGACCGGACCUGCCCGAGACCCAGCCGGGACUUGACCGGGACCUGCCCGAACCUACUUAGGACUCGCCAGGACUUGACUGAGACCUGCUCCCGAGACUCGCCAGGGACUUGACCAAUAGUCGCCUAAAACUUGCCUGGGACCCUGCUGGGCACUACCCGGGACUUGACUGGGACCCGCUCGAGACCUGCCCGACAUUUGCCCACGACUUGCCCGAGACUCCGCCGGGACUUGACUAGGACUCGCCCAGGACCCGCCCGGUACUCGGUGAAAAACAUUUUCCUUGAAAAUGAUUUCUUAUAAAACAUAUUUCGGUAUUUGGCAUGUAUGAAAAACCAAGCAGGUCCGAGUCGUCAAAAAACAUUUUCAGCAGAAAUCAUUUUCGUGGAAAACAUUUUUUCGUAUUUGGUGUGUACACAAAAUCAUAUUAAACACUAAAUUACGAAAAUAUCCCUAUCGGGUCUUGGGCGGGUCCUGCUAGAGUCUUGGGAUGAUCCUGACGGGGUCCUGAUAGGGUUUAGGUUGGGUCCCGAGUGAGUCGCAAUGGGGUCCUUGAGGGACUCGGUUCGGACACCUUUAAGACUUGGUUAGGACAUUUUCGUAAUUUAAAGUUUAAUAUAAUUUAAUAAAAAAAAUAUAUAAAAAAAAUUGAUAUU